UUCGAGCCCUGUGCAAACGGUAAGUGAAAAACUCGAUAAGAAAACUGUCCGCAGCGGAAAAACUUCGACACGGACCCUAUGUCGGUGGCGACGCGUACUCGUGCGACUGACCGACCACAAGGCGGCGGUAAAUACGUCCGCAAGACACAUUCGGCAGCACGACGGUCGGACGCUCGCGGACCAACAAAAACAUCACGUCUGGCCACGGAUUACCACUUCGGUUGUCCCAAGAUGACACGUGAUUGCACUACAGCAAGCGUUUUCGCGCCGUUAUUGAUGAUCCUGUUCCUGACCAGUAGCAAGCUACAGAAUUUUACAAGAACAACGCCGUCCAAGGCGAACAACAGUGAACUGUUUAACAUGAUGAAUGUUGUCAAACGGGUGAGAUAUUGAUGAACUUCAGGUGCAACACAUCACACUUCUUGGACGAAGCUGGCAACAAAUCUUCGGUAUGAACCGCAUUCGAAACAAUCUCUGAUAACGCAAACCGAUCGAUUCAAUUGAUGUAUUGCACCUGUUUUUGUUUCCCGAUUAGAACUAAAGAAACAUAUUUCGUUAAAUUUCGUCGAUUAAAUUUCAUAUUCUAAUCGAAAAAUAUUAAUGACAUUGCAAUAGUGUACGGCAAUUGGCAUGGGGCUAAUAGACGUGGACGCUUUGACGCGGGAAUUUGGUCACAAAGACAAUUGCCUUAAACGCGAUACACGCGGUCGCAAAAACAUUUAUUUAUUUCCAGUAAUGGUACGCGAAUAAAAUAUACAAGUAAAGGCGAUAUUUUUU